CGUUCACGUUGUCAUAAAAAAAAGUUGUCGUUACUCAUCACACCAACCUAGACGAGCCUUUCCUGAAGCGGCGGCACGGCGGCGCGGCCAAAACCUGCCGAAUCCAGCUCGCCGCGGCGGUCGUCACCCUCCACCGCUCCCUCUCCGCGCGGCGACACCAUUUAAACCUCGCCGUCUGCCGCCGCUUUCCCCCCUCCCAGAUGCUUCCCCCAACCUCCACCAUCCCACCCACCUUUCCCCUUCCCCACCCCGCCUUCACAAAACCUAGCUUCCGUCACCACCUCCGCUCGUCCUCCCUCCUGGCAAGCGCCUCCUCUGCGGCGGCGGGUCGGGCGUGCGGGAUAGCGGGCCGUUGGACGAGCUCGGUUCGAGCCUCGCCUUCUGAGGCGGGGGGCUGGGCGGUGGCUGCGGCUGGUAAGGAGGGGGUGGAGAUGGAGCGGCUGGUGGCGGUGGCGCAGAGCGCAGCGGAUGCGGCGGGGGAGGUGCUCAGGAAGUACUUCAGGCAGCGCUUCGAGAUAAUCGACAAGGAGGACCACAGUCCCGUCACGAUCGCUGAUAGAGAAGCAGAAGAGGCAAUGACUUCAGUCAUACUGAAGAGCUUUCCUACUCAUGCUGUUUUCGGCGAGGAGAACGGUUGGAGGUGUGCGGAGAAGUCUGCUGACUAUGUUUGGGUAUUGGACCCCAUAGAUGGAACAAAGAGCUUCAUUACUGGCAAGCCUCUUUUUGGUACACUUAUUGCGCUUCUUCACAAUGGAAAGCCGGUUAUGGGCAUUAUUGAUCAGCCAAUCUUGAGAGAGAGAUGGGUUGGGGUGGAUGGGAAGAAAACUACCUUAAAUGGACAAGAAAUAUCUGUCCGUCCUUGCAAUGUGCUGUCGCAAGCUUACUUAUAUACGACGAGUCCACAUCUCUUUGAGGGAGAUGCUGAAGAUGCAUUCAUUCGUGUACGAGACAAGGUGAAAGUCCCAUUGUAUGGCUGUGAUUGUUAUGCUUAUGCCCUCCUGGCUUCUGGUUUUGUGGAUCUUGUUGUGGAAUCUGGAUUGAAGCCAUAUGAUUUUCUCUCACUGGUACCGGUGAUUGAAGGAGCUGGGGGCUCAAUAACUGACUGGGAAGGGAACAAGCUCCACUGGCCUGUCUCUUCGGAAUCUCGGCCAACAAGUUUCAACGUGGUGGCAGCCGGAGAUUCCCGUGUUCAUGGGCAGGCCCUAGCAGCGUUGCGGUGGCGCUAGCCUGCAGCGCCGGGUGGCUCCUGUUCAUUUAAAAGGCUGCAACUGUUAUUCAUCUAUCCAAUAAAACUGAGUCUGUACGCUUCCUUAGUGGGUAAAGCAAGUUGUUCACGGUGCACCCUUUACUCAAUGAUGAUCAGUGAUUUCUUGUUGUGUGUUAUGAACAGCCCUUAUGUACUCAGAUACUCAAGUCAUCGAUGAUCGCUGAGCGACUUGAUUGCA